UCUCGUCAUCAAGAAAUGCGGGCGGGGGAGCUAAAUAAAAGCUGAAGUCCCAGGUCAGGGCUUCAGAAUCCUGGAAUGAGCUGCAGCAGCUGCAUUGCUCCAGAGGAUGCAGUAGGCAGUCAGGAGCAAAAACUACAGCCUCUGUGUACCAUUCCUGCUGCCGACCACGGGAACAUGAAGGUUGCUUCUUACCAGAUCCUGCUUGUGCUGAGUGUCUUGUGCCUGGUCACCCCGGCUGGAGGUCAACCCAAAGCGCCUCUAAAGUGUUCGAAAGUGUGUCUCCACUUUACGCGCACCAUACCUGAGAAACGGAUAAAGAGCUACCGCAGGACUGAACCCCAGUGUGCCAAACAAGCCAUCAUAUUGAUUACACAGGCUUCCUUAGAAAUUUGUGCAGAUCCAGACACAGAGCCGGUGAAAAAGAUUGUACGGAAACUGGACCAGAAAAAGGCCUCAGCAGCAGCAACACUUCCACACGCUGCCACUUCAGCAGCAGUUCCAGAAAAGCCUGGCAUUUUUCACAAACACAUCGGUCUUACAGUAACAGUUCCAGCUCAAGCCACUGCUGCAGCUACUCUUUUCCAAGGGACUGGCACAACAAUUUUGGAGAGAACGCAUGCUCCUGCUGCCAUGACAGAGGUGACCAGCAAAUCUACACCAGCCAUGCAGAGCACCACACAGUUCUCCGCAGGAUCAUCCCCUGGGACAUGGGAAAUUGCUGCACACUCUGAAGUCAGUUCAGAAGCAAACAGAGACUCCUUAAAAUCUGCACAUUCAACAAUUUCUGCAGCAGGCAUGGUCUCCAGUCAGCCUAUCUUAUAUCCCACAGCUCUUGUGCAUGGCUUUGACAAUACAGUAGGAUUUACAGAAGAACCUGUAGGAUAUGCUGCAAGUGCUACAGCUGAUGUUCAAGACACGUCUUCUCCUAGCUCAAAUUCAGACCCUGUGUCCAUUACUAAAGGAUUGGACCAUCCUGUACUUUCUACAGAUGAAUCCCUGGACCUAACAAGUGCAAGAGCCAAUGCAUCAGACACUGCUUCUAGGAGUUUUAAUUCAGAUCUCCCCUCCAUCCUAAACAGCAUGGAGAUCGGCUCAGCCCCAGCCACACCUGUUCCACCAGAGACUACUUCAAUUUCUACUCUAAACCCCACAACUGCCAUAGACAAAGGUCCUCCUGUCCAUACCAACAAAAUUUUCAGUUCCUCUGCAGAUGCUGUUGGUACUAGAACAUUCGAUUAUCCAUUGCCCUUAGGAAAGCAAGAUCUUCCAGGUACGUUAGUUUUCACUAGUCAAACAUUCUCAGGCCAAGCCAGAGCGCAGAUGACUACAAAAAGGCCACAUGAUCCACCUUCACUCAGCUUCCUGCCAAGGUCUCAAGCACACUUUAUCAUCCCAGUCUCCCUGGUAGGUGGACUGAUUGCUUGCAGUGUUGCUGCUGUAUGGCUAUACACAAAAUUUAGAGUCAGAACAGAAACAACGUCAAGAGACAUGGUACAAGGCUUGCUCUACAAGAAGGAGGGACAUCAAAAUAAUGUCUAUCUAAUGCAAAUAAUCUGAGUGCUUUAUGGAAUGGACAUUUUUGGCCUAGAACAUAUGUGUGUUGCUGCCAGAAAGCUAAGCUUGCGCAGAGCUAGUGACCAGUACGAAACAGUACAGGAAAUAAAAAUACCUAAGAAAACAGAUUUUGUAGGAGCAGAAUGUCCAAAAAUUUAUCUAAGUUGUCAUUGACCAAUGACAACUCACAUGUUUUAGAAAUAUGUGAGAAGCUUUUUUCUCUGGCACUGUUACAUGAACAGGAUAUUGCUCUACUAGAGCUGCUUGGUGGCUGUUUGCCAGGUGGUGGGCAGAAAGUAAUAUCUGAGUUGCUCUUGCGAAUUUUUCUGCAUUUCAUCAUAACCUAGCUGAGAAGCCACCCACCCACUCACCCACACUACUGGACUCAGGCUCUGCCACCUUGAGCAAUCUUAACACAAAAACACUGAUUUUGCACUUACAAACUCUCUGCUGCUUCUUUCUUUGCACUUCAGGUCACUGCUCUGUCAGACCUUGACCGAUGUUGGCAGUCAGUGGGAGCUGGCUCUCCUUCAGCUGGUUAAACACCCCAUUUAAUUGGGUAUCUAAUGGCUAGAGCCAGCAGUGUAGUCUAGCUUUCAGACAGAGGUGGCUAAAACAGAAUCUGAUUUUUUUCUGUAUGUAGGGGACUGAAAGUCAGUGUUACAGAUUUUACUUUCAGAGGUGCUUGCACUCACGGUCUAUCUCCUCCUCAAAGUCAGGCCACUCUUCUCUCCAACAGGUAAGGGCAUUUCUUCUCACAGAUUUAGUCUGAGACCUGAUUCUUGACAAAUCAACUGCAAUAAAACCCUUUCUUCCAGAUAAUGUACCCUGUGUCCAGAUGCAUCCAAAACAAAGGCAGGAUAAUGUGGAUAAGCCUUUGUAAAUUAGAGAAAAUCUGGAAGAAGUUGCCAGAGGCUCUCAAUAAUUUUGCUAUUACCGUGUUGUAAUGUUUUUUGCUGUACUCUGCUGUUCAGCAAGCACAAAAACCAGAAAAUACACUCCUAGAAUACCUAAAUGCAAUUCUGGAUUCAGUAAUUAUAGCAAUUACUACAGCACAGCAGAAUUACCUUCCUUCCCAUUCCUUAUUCUCUCUAGAAAUAAGCACAUUUGGUGAUCCAGAAAAAAAGCACGAAAUCCCCAUUCAUGAUCCUACACUUCAGCCCCAUGCUAGUUCUUUGUAUAUAGCACGGAUUACCAGGCUAUUAAAGCACUGUAACAGUACCAAAGGUGUUUUUUUUUAACACAAAUUGUCUCUGAUUUUCACACAUCCAGACACUGCUGUAUGUAAGCAUUAUCUUUUAUCUGUGAUCAGCUCAUGAAAGCCCUUAUUUAACAUUUACUCCAUUAUGAAUUUUGCUUGAGCAAGUAAAGGUCUUUAUAAUACCAUGCUUUGUAGAUAGAGUUAAAGUAUCAAAGGUUUAUAUCAAGGUUACAUAUCAAAGAUUCUCCUCUAACCAACCUCAGUGGAUCAGAUCUCAAACUAUAGAUAUGCAUGUAGAAAAAGAAAAUAAAAACAUAAUAAGCAGGAUAAUCAAAGCAAAAAUGAUGAGCCAGCUGUAAAGACUGGCCUGUUAGACCCAUCAGAUACCACCUUUGGGGCAUCCUCCCAGUCCUGGAGGUGGAUUGACUGCAAUGGUGUUUUGUUUUUUUGAUAUUACUCAGCCCCUUAUUUCUUCAAGUCCUUGAUUUGAGACAGGGUAGACUGAGAUUCAUCUAGGGCUUUGCAGGUACAAGAGGUAGAGAAUGCAAUUGGAUUAAUUGUGAUUAGGAAUUUUGGGUGAAACCCAUCUUUGUGCAGAAGCAUUCCUGUGCAGCCCAAAUCCUGUAACUAUCUGGGGCUGAUUUACCUGAACUGCAGGAGCCAUCAGCAGUGCCUCCCAUCUGUCCUGCUUGUGCACAGCUGGGGUUCAUGGCCUUGCAGUUUGUGGAGUGAUAUACAAUAGCAUUAUUUUUAUAUGAAAUAUUAUAAAUAUCUGUUUUUGUAGUAAAGUUUUGUAGUGACAUGAACAUGCGUGUAACCUCCUGUCCUUGCUAGUGGAGCAUCGCUCAGUCUAGACUAUUCUGGGAACAUUGGAAAACGCUGUACCUUGGUCUAUUUUCUUGCUGGUCCUGGAAGGCCUGUAGAUCUGGCUCCAUGCGACUGGGGUCGCUCUCCAAGGCACUACAGCAGAUGCAGUGGGCAAAGGCACCCUGUCCUUGGGUCUCCCGGCUUGGGAGGGUAUCAGGGCUUCACCCAUGGGUUGUGGCUGCUGCUGGGGCCGUGAAACAGCAGUGGCUUUCAAUGGGAGAAUUCCUGACCCAUCGCAGGCAGGGCAGACUGGGGACCACCAUUUGUCAUCGCUUUAUGCUGUGUGCUAACGGUUUGGGAAGGCACAUGGGGAAUGUAUCUGUUGCAGGUGACAGGGGUUUAAAAUGUCAUUUGUUCUAAAGUGCCAGAAGCACUGGUUUGUGUAUUGAGUCUGUAUGAGUAUGCGUGAGUAGGAUUUAUACUGUAUUUUUUUAGAAGUAAAGAUAAUAAAGUUUUUCUGUUA